AUGGGUGCCGUCAUUUGCUUCACAUCGGUACCGCCAGAGCGUAGGACACAACUCGCGGACUUUGCGAAAGAAAUGGGCGCAAUUGAACAGCCAGACCUUACCUCGGAUGUUACACAUCUCCUCGUCGGAGCAACCGAUUCACCAAAAUAUAAGUUUGUUGCGCGCGAACGGAACGAUGUGCUCGUCUUAAAACCAGAAUGGAUCGAGGCUGUACGGGAACUGUGGAUGCAGGACGAGGAUACCGAUACUCAGGCACUCGAGGAACAGUAUAAAUUGCCUGCCUUCUUUGGUCUGACAAUUUGUAUUACUGGUUUCUCAGACAUGGCUUUUCGCAAUCAGAUGAACGACUUGGCCAUGGAAAAUGGCGCGGAAUUCCGGAAGGACCUAACGAAAAGCGUCACCCAUUUGAUCGCGCGCAAUUCUGAGGGUGAAAAAUACAAGUUCGCAACGCAAUGGAAUAUCAAGGUUGUUACUGUGAAAUGGUUCCAUGAUUGUGUUGAGCGCGGAAUGAUCUUGGAUGAGGAGAAAUACCAUCCCAUGCUAUCAUUGGAAGAACAAGGUGUCGGAGCAUGGAACCGGUCGCUACCCGCAGUCAAGCAAAAGACAGGGAAAGAGCAUGCAGGCGAUGAUAGUAUUGCCAAUCCACGACCAAGGAAAAAGCUUCGCAGGACUGCAAGUCAGAAGCUAGUUGGCCAGAAUGAGAAUAUAUGGGGCGAUAUCAUCGGCAUGGGCUUCGGAAGUGCGGAGCCAACGGAACAAAAGCACGAUCAAUGGGAAGAGGACGAUUUCGAAAAACCCAGGCCGCCUGUCAUUCAAGCGGCCAAAUCCUUUGCGAGCGAGACGACAUUCUCCGAGACAACACAGAAUCGUCAGCAAUCAGAAAGCAUAUCUAAAAACGGUGGCUUUCUUGACGGGUCUUAUAUUCUUGUCCUUGGCUUUUCUCCUAAGCAGAUGACGAUCUUGAAAGAACAUCUCGGGUACAAUGGGGCCCAAUGUGUGAAGUCACUGAGCGAGUUUUCUAGUCCCAGUAUCCCUAAGACUGGGCACGGGCUUUACAUCAUGGUGCCAUAUAACACCCCUAGGUCAAAUAUUCCCUCAACGGACGACAUGGCCUUCGAAUGUGAGGUUGUGACGGACAUGUGGUUAGAGAGAUGUCUUGACGCCAGGGCCUUGGUCCCACCAGAAACCCAUGUUGCGAGCACCCCGUUUCCUAAAUUUCCUUUACCAGGGUUUUCGGGCAUGCGGAUAUGCUCCACGGGCUUUGCGCGUAUCGACCUCCUACAUCUCUCUAAACUUGUUACUCUUAUGGGUGCCACGUACGAAGAGUAUUUGACACAUCGAGCUUCAGUUCUCAUCUGCAAUGACCCACAAACAGCGAGUCGUGACAAACUUCGCCACACGAGCGAAUGGGGAGUUCCAGCCGUAUCUGGUGAUUGGUUUUGGAUAUCCGUGCAAUCUGGCCAGAAGAAGUCAUUUGAGCCAUACCUCGUCCAAAGACAACUAACACAACAGCACGGAAGCAUGGAAAAGCCUGGCGACGGAUUCACAAGCGAGAACAGCUCAGAUAAAACCAGCGGCCAGGGACGAAAAAGGCCGUCAAGUCUUUCUGCUCAACCAUUAGAAAGAACGGAAAGGUCUGUGCCAAACAAGACGGGAAAACCACAAAUAUUACCUAUUGUUGGCGAUGGCUUCUCAAAAGAAGAGGCUGAUGUCCCACCCAAACCAACAAUACCGGAAUCACGGUCCGGAUCACCCGCUCAAGGAUCAGAUAAUCCCGACCCAAACGAAUUUUUUACCAAAAACCCCGAACAAGAUCAAUCGGCCGCACCAGCCGGGCCCUCUGCACUAGAUUCUGCACUGAAGGGACUUCUUCAGCAAGCCCAAGCGGCCAAAUCACGCCAACAGAGCGAGAGCUCAGCGACAAACGAUGAUGGCAGCUAUCCCGCUCGACGAAAACGCAAGCCUCUCCUAGGCCGCGCCCCAUCGCAUUCGUCCAAUCGUAAACUCGAAACCACGCGCCCAGUCUCCCGGGCUAGUUCGAUUGACACAUUGAACGACGACGGACUCGGCAGUGCAAUCGAGAGCGGAGAUCCAACUCGAGAAAACUCUCUAUCCCGCACGACUAGCCGUGUCGAGCAGAAUACAGGAAGUCUGUCAUUGAUUUUCAGCGGAGGCAAGUUUGACUUCACUGCAGAGAAGACGCUCGCACCUAUCGACAAUGAAGAUGAAGAGAAUCAAGCGCCCCAGAUGACGCAGCUAGACUACGAAGACCCAGAUGCUGCGGCUAUGAGAGCGGAGUUCUUGCGCGAUGCAGGAAAACUUGUUGAGAAGGCGAAGAAACCCGACCCUGUGGCUAUCGGUGAGAUCAGAGAGCUGGAAGAUACUGGGUGGGGAUCUGGACGCAGGACGAGAAAACAGCCUGCUAGAAAGGAUGAUGACUGA